CUGUUUGGUUUUCAUUCAAGUGUUGCCAUAGGAGUGGGAGUGAAACACCAAGAAAACAAACUGAGCCAUGUGUGCUUUUAAGCAGCUCCACACAGCUUAACCUCUCAAAGUCAGAGUGCAGAGCAGGCUGCACAGCCAGUUGGACAACAUUCAGGACCCAGCCGAGGAGUGGAGGAGGGAUGCAGGCAGAAAAAAGAAAGAAGGUGGCCAAAGGGAGGUUGUUUGAGACUCCUGGAAAGUCCAACUGCCUUUAUUAAAGGUCUUUGGUCAACAGCCAGAUGAACUUUCUGUCGACAAGCCUUCAGCUCCAGUGCGAUAAAACAGAGAUCCGAGCACAUAUUGGAGGGGAAUUUAUUAUUGUCUGCAAGUUUGACCUCAAGAAGUUCCUGUUCAGCAAGAAGUACUGGUGCAGAGGAGCCUCCAGAAAUAACUGUGAUAUUUUGCGAGACACAGAUGGCUUUGUGAACACCAAAUACAGAAACAGGUUGAGCAUAUUUGACACAAGAAGUGGUGGGCUCGUUGUGAAGGUAACUAAUCUCCAAAUUGAGGACAGUGAUGUUUAUUGGAUCGGGAUCGACAAAAUGUAUGCUGACAUAAUGACAUCAAUCAAAGUGACUGUUACUCAAGUUCCAGUGUCUAAACCCAAUCUUUGGCCCCUGACGCCUCUGAAGGAAGGUCCAACAUGCUGGGGGAAGCAAGUAACCAUCCGCUGUGGCUGCACAGAGGGCACUGAUGUUUUGUACGCCUGGUAUCAGCAUGUUCACCACAAAAGUUUCCUGCUCCUCAGCUCUUCAGAUUUAAGCUUACACUGUGGCGUGGUAAUGGAAGACAGCGAGUAUUACUGCUCGGCCAGUAACAGCAUCAGCAGUGAGCAGAGUGACAUCCUUUCUGUGCAGGUUCUCAUGCCUGACAACAGCAGCUGCAUCUAUGUUGUGAAUAUUCAGGGGCAGCCUGUCUAUGACUGUGCAGGCAGACUGAGCACCACCAUGGCUGAAACUUCACCAACAACCUGCAUAGAGACCACAAAAAUCCCCUCUGGCACAUCAGAGCAGUGUUUACUAUUAAAUAAGACUACUUUGCAUGCAUUUUUCAACAGAGCAUGGACUGGAGUACCCCUCUGGUAUGAGCUGUUGCGAUGGGGUUCUUUCACACUCUUACUCAUAUAUCUUUGCAUAUUUAUCACCUGUACCCAAACAAGCCAUGAGAAACAUGACAGAAGUAGGAAAAGGUUUAAUGUGAGGUAAAACACAGUUUUUGUAGUACACUAUAAAUAUAUCUACUUUUAUAGCACGUUAAAACUAAAGCACCAAGGUGUUUCAAAUUUACGCAAGACAAUGAAGUAAUUCACAGAAUAAAAAACUAUGUAGAGCAAAUCAACAAGAAACAAUAUAACCCACUGGGGUGUUCUUAAAAGUGUGUGAGUUGUGAGGAGAGUCAAUUAAAAAAAAAAAAAAACGAGCCAGUGCAUUUAAAACUUUAAAACAAAGCAAUAUAAUUUUGAAAUCAAUGUGAAACCAUCCAAAAACUUGAUGGAGAAAUCUAAACCCCAAAGGUUGAAUCUCUUAGCUUUCACCCCCAAAACACUGGUCUACUCCUGACAGUGAAGGGGGUAACUUCAGGAUUUGUGGUGCUUAAAAGAAAACUACUGAAAUAGAGAACACAGAAUGAGGGCUAUGAAUACAGUAAUACAAUUUGACUCACAUUUUUUUGUGAUUUUGUUCUCUGAAAUUUGUUGUUAACAUUUUAUGAUGUAAAUAAUCCAUUACCAUGUAAUUGUUUUAUAUGUACUGAACAAUUCUGAGCAGUUUGUGGAUUUUUCUUCUUUGUAAAAAUGUUUUGAUUUUUGUUAUUGCCAUAUUUUGUACACAGUCAAGACCUAUUAAGGAGUAUGCUGUUGUUGCAGCUUAAAGCUGACAUAUCAUGCAAUUAAAUCCUUAAUUUUCAGCUAAAAAUUGGAUUUUGCAUGAUAUGUUGCCUUUAAAUGUUACUGAUUAUGAACCAAUUACACUUCAAUAGAGUUUUCACAUUUUAUGACAAGAUGUUGAAGCUGUUUUCUGUUAAGCAAGUUUUUUUUAAUAGCAAAUUACAUCUGUUUGUAUGCUUGGAAACCUGAAGCAAUUACUCUUAAAAUUACAUUUUAAGACUACAUAUUGUUUGAC